AUGGCUCAGAACGUCAAUAAUGUCGCUAACAACAAUCUGAAUCAGGGUAAUGCGGGGAACAAUGCAGCUGAGGCAAACUUACCUCUGAGGGACUAUGUACUCCCUACUGUUACAGGGUUUUGGGGGCUACCUAAUGAGGAUCCGAACCUCCAUAUUACCAACUUUUUGGAGUUAUGCGAUACUUUCAAAAUGAACGGAGUUAGUAAUGACGCAAUCCGUUUGAGGCUCUUUCCGUUUUCAUUGAGAGAUAGGGCUAAAAGAUGGUUGAUUUCACUGCAAGCCAAUUCCAUUCUGACAUGGGAAGAUCUUGCUAAAAAAAUUCUCGCUAAGUACUUUCCACCUGCUAAAUCGGCACAGAAUAGAGUGAAAUGGAUGUUGGUGCACACUUUCUAUAAUGGACUGAGGGGAAACACAAGAACUAUCAUAGAUGUAGCGGCAGGUGGAGCAUUUAUGAGCAAAAGCGCUAACGAAGCUUACGAGCUUUUAGAGGAUAUGGCCAUGAAUAAUUAUAAUUGGCCAUCUGAGCGAGAAAAUAAGAAGGUGGAAAGAGUUCUAGAAGUUUAUCCUAUGGCUAUGCUCACUGCUCAAAUUGCUUCGCUAACAAAACAAAUACAACAACAAAACAACAAUUCAGCUCAAGCGAUGCAAUUACAACCUGCCCCUAUCAGUUGUGAGACAUGUGGAGGCCUUCAUCACUUUCAGCAAUGUCCAGCGACGAGUUCUUAUUCGGUUUAUGAUUUCCCACUUGAACAGGUUCAAGCCAUAGGCAAUUUCCCAAGGCAACCUAAUAAUAACCCAUACCCUAACAACUAUACCCCAGCAUAUAAGAACCAUCCUAAUUUGUCAUGGAGUAAUAAUCAGGGGCACCAACCACAGUACCAUCCAAAUCCACCUCAAUAUCCUCCACAUAGACCAUCUAAUGGGCUAAACCCAAGGCCCUUUUAUGAUACUCAAAGGCCACAAAUGCCGCCACAUCAACAACCACCACCUAACAUGACUAAACCAGAGGUAUUCGCUGAUGCAUUGAACCAAUUUAUGAUAGAAACCAGAUCCUCCAUUCGGAGCUUAGAAACACAAGUUGGUCAACUUGGAAAGUUAAUGGCGGAUCGUAAUCAAGGGGCUUUACCUAGCUCAGCUGUGGUGAAUCCAAAAGAGCAAUGUCAAGCGGUCACUUUGAGGAGUGGGAUAAAAUAUGAGGGGCCUACAGUAGAAAACAAGGGUACUAAGAUUGAAGAUCAACCUGUACCUCAUCCAGCACAAGAGGAGGUUACUGAUGAUCUUCCAAAGAAAGAGAUGCCCAAAUACACCGAGUCGACACCCAAGAUUCCUUAUCCUCAGCAGUUCCGAAAAGCUAAUCUUGAUAAACAAUUUUCUAAAUUUUUGGAUAUCUUUUGA